UGCUCGACGACGCCGCACAGCAUCAAUCACCGCGCUGGCCACUGACGAUCCGUCCAUUGCAAAUCAAUCACAGCAGUACCCAUUGAGCCACAGAUCAGACGACAUCCGCCGCGCCAUCAUGGCUACAGAAGCUACCGCGCGCAGGUUCUUCUCCUCGCCCCUCUUUGCCGUCGUAGGGGCAAGCUCCAACCCGGCCAAGUUUGGCCACAAGGUGCACGCGUGGUACCUCGACCGCGGCCUCAACGUGACGCCCAUCAACCCGGGCUCGCCAAGCGUCAGCGUCGGAGGCAAGGACUACGCCACGGCGCCCAACCUGUCUGCGCUGCCCGAACCCAAGACGACGUCCGUGUCCAUCAUCACCGCCCCCGCCGUGACCCUCGGCGUGCUGGAAGAGGCCAAGAAGCUGGGCAUCCCCGGCGUCUGGCUGCAGCCCGGCACCUUUGACGACGCCGUGCUCAAGUCGGCGCUCGCGGACGGGGCCUUUGAGGCGGUCGUCUACGGCGACGGCGGCCGCGGCCACGAGGGCUGGUGCGUGCUCGUCGACGGGGACAAGGCGUUGCGGGAGGCAGAGAAGCUGUGACGGCGAGGGGAGGAGCUGUGAGGCAGGCUGGGACAGACCGUGAGUCCCGGAUCAAACCGGUACAAUAUGAGGCGCAACAAAGCACAGUCCGUUGAGGUAGAUGGAGAGCGAUGCUUGGGACGGCCCGGCACAUGCGAGAUGGGCACGGCAAAGAAAUUGAAUUACAAAAGUUGUACCAAAAUUCAAAGUAUCUGAGCAAAUUAGACAACCGAUA